GGGCUCCGGGAAGCGCCAGGGGAGAGGAGAAGGACUUACUCCCCCAGCCGAGGAGCAGCAGCCUCCCCCGCCGCCUGUGAUUUCUGCCCAUGACAGCAGCAUCUCUGCCCGCUCCUUUUUAAAUUAUUUUUAUUUUUGCAAAUUUGCGUAGAGUCUUUGUGUUUUGUGUUUGCUUUUUCUUCUUCUUCACGCCCCUGCCAAACAAAGAGAAGGGGGGGCCUCUGGGAGAAGACAUGCGUUCCGUCAGGAAGAGGUGGACUAUCUGCACGAUAAGUAUCCUCCUGAUCUUUUAUAAGACAAAAGAAAUAGCAAGAACUGAGGAGCACCAGGAAACGCAACUCACGGGAGAUGGUGAGUUGAGUUUGAGUAGAUCAAUGCUCAAUAGCUCUGAUAAAAUAAUUCAAAAGAGUGGCUCUUCAAUCUUUCAACAUUCUGUAAAAGGCUGGAAAAUCAAUUCUUCUUUGGUCCUGGAGAUAAGGAAGAAUAUUCUUCGAUUUUUGGAUGCUGAAAGAGAUGUCUCAGUGGUCAAAAGCAGCUUCAAGCCAGGAGACGUAAUUCACUAUGUGCUUGACAGACGUCGCACCCUGAACAUUUCUCAGGAUUUGCAUAGCCUCCUUCCUGAAGUUUCACCAAUGAAGAACCGUCGGUUUAAAACAUGUGCAGUUGUGGGCAAUUCUGGCAUCCUCCUGGACAGUGCAUGUGGAAAGGAGAUUGACAACCAUGACUUUGUAAUAAGGUGCAAUCUAGCCCCUGUGGUGGAGUUUGCUGCAGAUGUGGGAACUAAAUCUGAUUUUAUUACCAUGAAUCCAUCAGUUGUACAAAGAGCAUUUGGAGGCUUUCGGAAUGAGAGUGACAGAGAAAAAUUUGUGCAUAGACUAUCCAUGCUGAAUGACAGUGUCCUUUGGAUCCCUGCUUUCAUGGUGAAAGGCGGAGAGAAGCAUGUGGAGUGGGUUAAUGCAUUAAUCCUUAAGAAUAAAUUGAAAGUGCGAACCGCCUAUCCAUCACUGAGACUUAUUCAUGCUGUCAGAGGUUACUGGCUGACAAACAAGGUCCACAUCAAACGACCCAGCACUGGUCUCCUCAUGUACACGCUCACUACCAGAUUUUGUGAUGAAAUUCACCUGUAUGGGUUCUGGCCAUUCCCAAAGGAUUUCUAUGGAAAACCAGUCAAAUAUCAUUACUACGAUGAUCUAAAAUAUCGAUACUUUUCUAAUGCCAGCCCUCAUAGGAUGCCAUUAGAGUUUAAAACUUUACAUAUGUUACAUAACCAAGGAGCACUGAAAUUAACAACAGGGAAAUGUGUACAGCAAUAAAGCACAUGUAAAGUACAAUAUAAAGUACAGAAUAGUCACUUCAUCAUAAAGAUGUUGUGAAAAGGCAACGGGAUCCAACAGAGGAUAUAUUUCAAUACCCACUAAGCCAUUGGGAAAAGGAAGCUUACCUGAAGUCCAUGACCAGCUGAUAUUAUACCUGUAAAGUGCUAUAAAACUAAGAUAUCUUGACUGCAAGGGUUCUAGUAAGUGCCACUUUCACUAAGAACAAAGCUUGAAUGUAUAAUCAGUAGUGUUUACAAGAUCCAAUGAUGCAUUCAUCGUCAAUUAAAGAAGAAGCAAAUAGUCCAUUUAAUGCUGACUUGCCACCACAAAAUUGAGCAGUUUAUAGAAGAGAGACCCAACAGAUGGAAUCUGUCCUUGGGGAAAUAAAACAGCCUUUGUCAUCAGAAAUCAUGGUGGAAUUAGUGGAGAAAGUGAUGUCCGUAAGAUUAAAUAGAGCAAGUAAAUGCCUUCAGUCAGGGGACUGUUUGACCUUGUAUUAUAACCUCAUUGUUUUGUUGGUGUUUUUUCUGAUUGCUGUUUUAUUCAUUUGGGUAUUGGAAUCCUUUAAGGAUUCCAUGAGGACAAUAGGAACAAUUAAAAAUAAAAUCUUCAAAGAGUUGUAUUUGAAGAAAUAAGUUCUUAUUGGGGGGAAUCAAAUACUUAAAAAGUAUUUAUGUUGUAUCCUGCUGUUGCACAACUCUAAACCUCCAGAUUGCUUUUUUUAACUGCGGUUGUCAGUACCAGCUAAACAGAACCACUAUGAGAUUGGUAAUUUUGAGCCAUUCUUAAGGAAAAGUUUCUGUUACUUGCCAACUGGAGAGGACGUACUUAAUAAGAAGGUGCCCUUACAUUUGGUACCAAAGAUUACACUGAUUUUUUUGUAUACAAAUACCUUUGUUUUUCUUUUCAUGCAGAAAACGUACAUUUAGUACUGUGUUGCUGUGCUGCUGAAGGAAAAAUGUUUCUGGGUAUUGUUGUUUACUGGAAUAUAUGUUGCCUACUUUGUUUGAAUGAAGAGCCUCAAACAAAUUCCCUAAGCUGAGUUUGUCUCAAGUGAUUUGUUCUUUAGAAAUAUCCAAAUUUGUUUUUAUUCCAUGCACUUAAACAUGAGUGUGAUUUUUAUUUCCAUUGGAGCAAAAUUCAGUUUUUAAUUACUGUAAUAAAAACAUUAUGACAUAGUCAAUGGGAGGUUUUAAUUAUUUGGAAUCUGUUUUCUUUUAACCAAGAUGACAAAGAAUUAAUGUAGCAAAAUUUUGCAAUAUGUAAUAUCCCUGUCAUAUUGGAAUGGGUAAAGAAACUGAAUGGAAAAUAAAGCAUAAAUUGAACAAAGUCCUUUUUAAAUCUAAAUUUCUCACAGUGUUGGACAAUAUACCUGUCUUGUAUCAGUCCAACAUGUUGAUAAGUAACUGAUGAAAAUAGCACAUUGUUGUAUUAUUCCCAUAUCAGUUCUUUUCUUCCAAACCUCAUUCAUUCAUUUUAUUACUCAGAACAACUGCUCUUGUCCUGUACUUGUCCAAGAAAGAGAUUUAGAAGUGGCAGAAGGAGUAUCUUCAGGAUCUAGUACAGAAGAGUCUGUAGUACCAUUUCUUAGUCUGUUCAUAUCACAGACUUGGGUAAUUAGAGUGAUUGAAUGCAUUGGAGUUAAGUAAAAUCAGAAUACUUCCUUUUUAGAAUGUGUAUAUCAGGAAACUUAACACCUGACACAUGAGCAAGGAUGCACUUAUUUAAAAAGGGGAAGAGCUAGUUUAAAGAACUUUACUCACACCUUGGUAGAGGAAUGACUGUAGCCAAGUGAAGACUCCCCUGAUCCCAACUGCUGGUCUUGGACGUGAUGGUUCUAGUGGAAUGAGCUCCAUAUCAUACUUUCACUCUGAUUGCUCCCUAAUGACAGUGGGGUCUGAAGCCUGAUUAUGUCUCCAGUCAUGUGUGUCAGGCUCCAGAACUAGCGCUUAAGAAAGUUCUAAGAGCAUAUCUUUGCCUUGUUGACUAACUCCUCCUUCCUCCCCCCUUCAUCUAUACAACACAUGGUGGGUUUUAGCCCUAAAGGAUAAAUCUUGUUCCUAAUUUGAGGGUCCAGGAUUCAUUACACAUGGUAGGGGAAAGUCUAUGAUCAUGCAAGUCCACUAGCCAGACUCCCCUCAGAGGAGGACACAGAACUUAUUACUGCAGCUAACAGACUGAGGUUUGAAGGCACAGCUGUCCAUCUCAUAGACAUAAUCAACAUUUCUCUCCCGCCCCCACCAAGCUUUCCUGCACAACACUUGUUUGCUUUGGCUUUGUGCUGGGGUCCAAGAUUUGGCCUACAUGAUCAUGAAUUAAUACCUUUUUUGUUUUGUUUUUUUAUUCCAGAAAUCAUAGGGGAAUCACUUAGAGCUACUUGGCAGCACUGAAUGGAACGUAUUUAACUUGGGUUUGCAAAACUGCAAAACUGUGUAGGGUAAACAUUAAAGAUUUGCAUUUUAAAACAAAUAUGGGUGAUAUCCUUGUUAACAGUAAAUAUGCAUGGAGGUUGUCUUGUUCCACCCAUUAUUUUUUACAGAAUGAUUGAGUGUCCACUGGGAGAUUUACUGAUAUCCAUCUCAGAGAAGCUCAGAGUAGUGCCUUUUUAGCUUAUUCACAUACCUUUAUUACUACAUACUUUGUGGUCUGUGAAUUUGGUCUCCCUGUUGAGAUGGCAGAGUCUACAGUCAAAAAAGGGCUUCCUCGUGGAUUAAAACUGUUUUUUUCUGCCCCAUCUCAGGGAACUUUUUAAUACUCCAAUAUGAGUUCAAUGAAGAUAGAGAAAGUUCAAAGUAGAUGGACAUGCUUUAUUUCCCAUUGCACAAAAAAAGAAAAAUAAAUCGCUUUUUUAGUAGACUUAGGGAAACCAGUGAGACCUUGAAACAGAAUAGUAGAUGAGUUUUUUUCUGUUCAGAUUUUAAAUUCAGCAGAUGAAGAUUGGGGGAAGUAGGCAGAAUAUGAAUGAGUAUUUAAAAGAUAUGCAUGAGCCUAUUUUGCAGUGUUCACAUCUAGUUCUGUUGAUGAAACUGACCCCAGUGCAAAAACCACAAACAAACCCAGUAGCUCAAUGUAAUGUAGGGAGAUUCUUUGGUAGACUGAAGAGGGGGAUUCCCAGUCCUGUGGCCAUUACUGCAGCCGCCUUCCCCAU